AUGGCCGCGCCAGCCUUCCUUCCUCAAGCGCAGUCUUUCCGGUCGACUGGCACCUCCCAGUCUGCCUACCCUCUUUCCAUGACCCCGUACUUCGAUAACGAUGGUCAAAUGCCCGGCGGGGCUCGCACCCCGUACUCCGCGACGCCAGCCACUGUUUCUGCGGCCUUGAUCAGACGCCUCCCGCUGAACACUUCCGAAGAGUCCCUGCGGCUGAUGAUGGUCUUCUCUAAAGACUUGACCGAUGUCGAAGUCCUGCCCCCGGGCAAGACCGACGACCCUGGCUUUCGCGCUGCGAUUCUUAAGUUCAAGACUCCGGCUGGCGCCCAGGAGGCACAAAACAUGCUUAAUGGGAAGUCGAACAUCUCAAACGAUGCCGAAAUGAUUGUUGAAAUCAUCUCGGGAAGGAGAUAUGCCAUGGAUACGAAUAUGUCGGCAUCCACGAGCGCGUCGUCUGCCGCAUCCUCCACUACCUCCUCCAGGCAACCUUCGCGGUUUAACGGGGCUUUCCAGGCAUUGGAGAAGGUCUCAUCGUCGAUGAACGGGGCGUAUGACGGCAGCGAGCUCUCCAAUCCCGAGACUAACAAUCGUUACCACAACUUCUUCUCUCCCCAAUCUCCAAUCGGCAACCAUCUGACGGAGCGGACGCGAAUGUCGGGGAAGACGCUGAUCAACAACGACGGCGCCGACGACGAUGAGACGCGUGAGCUGCUCAAGGACCCCGUGGCAUAUGCCGAAAAUGGGGCCCUGGCACAACGCCGAGCGACCGCUCCGCAGAUACCCAUCUCACGCAUGGCCUCGCUGUCACUGAACACGGCCGUGGCACCGGGCCCGUCUUCCAUGCCUCCCUAUGGACAUCCGAACAUGCCAUCCUUGUCUGCGCACUCGAAUGCCAUGUCGCCGACAGCCGUGCCAGGCCCGGGCUCCCUCGGCAGUUUCAAUCAACGGUAUCGCGGGCCCAACUUCCCCCCCGUUAACCCGGCAGAUCAAAACCCGCCGUGUAAUACGCUCUAUGUCGGCAAUCUGCCGAUUGAUACUUCAGAAGAGGAACUGAAAGCCAUGUUCUCGAAGCAGCGUGGCUACAAGCGACUCUGCUUCCGGACUAAGCAGAACGGGCCCAUGUGCUUUGUCGAGUUUGAGGAUGUCUCCUUUGCCACCAAGGCUUUGCACGACCUCUACGGGCAACCGCUCCACAACAGCAUCAAGGGGGGUAUCCGACUGAGUUUCUCCAAGAACCCCCUCGGCGUCCGAAGCGGUCAAACACCAAGUCAAAAUUCCCCAGGGUCAAUGUCUGCCAUGAAUGGCAUGGUACCCGGGUCUGCCAACGGCUUCGCCGCAGCAAACGGACCUCCGCCGGGCUUGAGCGCACCGCCUGGCCUUGCGAUGAGCCGCGGCAGCUACUCGGGCAAUUCUAACCUCUCCUCUCCAGGGGGGAGCGGCUCCUAUGCCACUGGUGGCUUCUCCAACCCGCCUAGCAAUUCCUGGGGCAUGUACAAUGGCGCAAUGGCAGCCGGUGGCCCGACAUCAAUGAUGGCCGCCUCGUCGGGCUUCCCUCCGCACAUGAUGGGAAGAUAG